CUAGAUGACGCCUCUCUUUGCCGGCGUCGGCAGUGACCGGCUGGUGUCCGUGAUCGGACCGGAGCAAAGUCGGGGAACGUGGGACACAUUUAAAGAGACGAGAGUUGGAGCGAGCGUAAGAAACUUAGUGUAUUGCGAGAUCGCCAUCCCCCCUCUCCCUCGCCAUUAUUUGUUAUGUUUCGAUUUCUCUUUCUUUCCCUUUCGCCGCGUAUCUUUUGAUACGGGCAGUUAAACGGAGCACGCGAACGGAAGUGGAAAGUUCGGAAGCCUCUCCUUGUGUUCUUUUUCAUUUUCCCUAGGCCCACUCUCUUUUCCAUGUCAACAAUACACGUUCUGCUGCCAAGGCCAGCAGUGAGCUACGCCCCCCACGUCAUUGCCGUCGUUAUCAGAGGAUCAUUUUGUACGUCGUAUCCGUGCCAUCGCGAGACUUGGACGAGGAUUGUCGACGGCAUCAUCAAACAUUCAGAGUCGAAGAGAAAAAAAGGUUGGUGGUGAAGGAGGGGGAGGAGGACGUGCGGUCUUAUUAGCGUUGCUCCUGCCAGCCUGAGAUGAGCGACCAUGGUUGCAUACAUUUGAAUAAUUUCAAAGCAGCCAAAGGUAUCCAGCCGUACAAAGUGAUACACUCGUAUUUUGUGACUAGUACAUCGACCGAGGCACGUGUCAGAAAGGCUGUGAGCUGUUUAUGUCAUAUAUGCAAAACAUACAAGGAUCGUCUACAUUCUUGUCUUCAUUGUAUAUUCUUUGGCUGCUAUAUAAAAGGUCACAUACAAGAGCAUGCAAAAACGAAGAAACAUUUUUUAGCCGUUGAUCUGUGUUAUGGAAAUAUAUUGUGCUUCCAAUGCGGCGAUUAUGUAUAUGACAGAGAGUUGUUAGCAGUAGCAAAGGUGCAAUGGAGCGAAUCAGCAAAAUCCUUGAGCUUCGGAGAGUUUUACCGGGCGUGGGAACCCACGCAGAUAGAGGCCGAAUUACUCAGAAAGCACCCGCGCCGAAGACGUGUCGUGGAAAAUACCACUAUAGGUUUAAGAGGAUUGAUCAAUCUCGGACAAACCUGUUUUAUGAACUGUAUUGUACAAGUGCUGAUUCAUACUCCCUUGUUACGAGAUUACUUUCUUGCUGACCGUCAUCACUGCCCACAACCAAGUCGCUGUCUGGUCUGCGAGGUAUCCCAUUUAUUCCAGGAAUUUUAUUCAGGCAACAAGGCUCCGCUGACGCUUCACAAACUUCUUCAUCUGAUUUGGACACAUGUCAAACAUCUGGCGGGUUAUGAGCAGCAAGAUGCCCAUGAAUUCUUUAUUGCCACACUGGACGUUCUUCAUAGGCAUUGCGAAGCUGCUCCAAUAUUAGUCAAGGACAACCCUCAUCAUUGUAAUUGCAUCAUUGAUCAGAUAUUUACUGGAGGCCUUCAAAGCGAUGUUGUAUGUCAGGUUUGCAAUGGAGUGUCUACCACAAUAGAUCCAUUUUGGGAUAUAUCUUUGGAUCUAGGUCCGGCUGCUGAUAGCUCUGGUUCCGAUACAUCUGGGCUUCCUACUUCCCUGCUAGAUUGUUUGGAGAGAUUUACUAGAGCCGAGCAUUUGGGUUCUACUGUAAAGAUCAAAUGUAGCAAUUGCGAGACUUAUCAGGAAAGCACGAAACAGCUAACAAUGAAGCAGCUGCCAAUCGUGGCCAGUUUUCAUCUAAAACGUUUCGAACACUCCAGCAUCCAGGAUAAGAUAUGUAAAAAGGAGAAAAUCUCCACAUUCAUUUCUUUUCCGGAACAAUUAGACAUGACGCCAUUCAUGUCGCACAAGCGUAAUGGUAACAAUAAUAGCGCUAUGAUGGAUGGUUUAUCGAAGAAUGGAGAGAACAUGACUUUCAGUGACAAUAGGUACUCUCUGUUUGCCGUGAUAAAUCACAAAGGUUCGUUAGAGACUGGACAUUAUACUGCUUUCAUCAGGCAACAGAGAGAUCAAUGGUUCAAGUGCGAUGAUCAUUUAAUUACAAAAGCUAGAUUGAAGGACGUCUUGACUAGUGAAGGAUAUCUUCUAUUUUAUCACAAGCAGAUUUUGGAGUAUGGCCGGAAUAAUAAAGUAUGAAAGAGAGAGAGGAAGAAACAGAAGAUGAAUCAAGUUAAAUAAUUUAACUAAAAUUUGGAAAUCGCUACUGAAGUUAGACAUCGGUGAUGUUUUACAUUUGCCGGAAAUAAAUUAUUAUCACCGUCGUUUUUUGAUUUCUGCCGAUGCAUUUUAUGUUCGAUGGGUUACGCCGAUUGAUUACCCAGUCGAAAUCUGUGCGUAUGUCCUAAACAUAAUAUAAGUGUAGAUAUUAAGAUUAGCUCAAUUUUUUUAAAUCAAUCAAUUGCAAUUUUUGUAAAUCGCUCAUUAUUGUUAUACUCUUGACUGGACACUUAUAUACAUGAUGCGAUGGGAAUAGGUCUCAAGGGCAUCUCUUUCUUAAUUUUGUCCUUUUGUCAGUGGAAUGUCAUUACCGAUCUCUGAGAUGUUCCAAUGUACUUGUGAUAUUGGGUUUUUACAAAAAAAAAAACUGGAUAUUUUAAAUUAUUCAA